CUUUAUAGUAUUUAUCAAACAUCUUUCCUCUAGUCUCUCUCUCUCUCUCUCUCUCUCUCCAAUGGAGAAGAAGCUCAAGCUUCGGCUUCCAAAGUUAGUCCGGUCAUCGUUCCACGUUUGCAGACCCCGGAGCUUAUACGACGUCGUCGAGACGUCCACUUUCACUUCUCAAACGGCGUCGUUUCAGAGACUCACAAAACCGAACGACACUCCCCCCCGUCCCAGAGUUCAGAAGCCGCACUACUCGCUGUUCUACACCCCGGUAAAACGGCACGCGUUUCGCCCUCCGGCUUCGACUGUUUUUCCGGCGAACCCGUUCUACGACGAGAGCCGUUCGUUCCGAAAGUACGACAAAGAUUCCAAGACAACGAAGACGAAGAGCCAGAUUCAUCGGAGAAACAGGAAGAGAUCCCAAAUGGGCUGUGAUUAUCUCUUCAGUUCAUCCUCACAUGAUGGAAGCUGUCGGUUCAAGUCAACCGGUUCAUGGUGUUGGUCGAGCAGCGACGAAGAUGACAACGAAGGCCAAGAACAAAAUAAAGAAUCAGAAGAUGACGAGACCGACACGCUCUUUUCUUCUAGAAGCUUCUCUUCCAACUCAACGGAAGCUGUCUACCGACAGAAAAACCCUAACCCACGCCGGAAAACAGACAAGGACGUCUCUGGCGGUGGACUUCUGCCGGAAAAUGGGAAGGUAAAGGACAGUUUCGCGGUGGUGAAGAAGUCGAGUGACCCGUACGAGGAUUUCCGGACAUCGAUGGUCGAGAUGAUCGUGGAGAGACAGAUCUUUGCGGCGGAUGAUCUCCAACAGCUUCUUCAGUGUUUCUUGUCGCUGAAUUCUCGCCAUCACCAUGGGGUUAUUGUCCAAGUGUUCUUGGAGAUUUACGAGACCUUAUUCUCUGCCUAACUGGAACAAGAAACAAAUCUCUUGUAUUUUCUUGUUUAUCUCUUAGAUUAGUAAUAAUAAAUGCGUGUUCUUUAAGGUUAAUCAUGUUUAGGGUUUGACAGAAGUUUAGAGGUUUGUUGUAUAACUUGGAUUAACUUUCUGCGAAUGGAAAAGUUUUUUUUUUCUUCA